GAAAAGCGGGGGGCAUCGUCUCACUUGAUUUGUAUAAAGCCAGGAAGCAACCUCCAACAGAGGAUGGCCAGCAAAGCAAGCGAUACCCACGCGUGCCGGAGCAUGGAGGGGAUAGAGCACAGAACAGUAAGCGUGAAUGGAAUCAACAUGCACAUAGCAGAGAAGGGUCAGGGCCCCUUGAUCCUAUUCAUCCAUGGCUUCCCUGAUCUCUGGUUCUCGUGGCGCCACCAGAUCGCAGCCCUUUCCUCCUUAGGCUACCGGUGCGUGGCUCCAGACCUCCGUGGCUUCGGUGACACAGACGCUCCGGCCGCACCCGCUGCCUACACCAGCCUCCACAUCGUCGGCGACCUUAUUGGCCUUCUGGACGUCAUUGCGCCCGGUGAAGAUAAGGUGUUUGUGGUCGGACAUGACUGGGGAGCCAUCACUGCCUGGUAUCUCUGCCUCUAUCGCCCUGAAAGAGUCAGGGCUUUGGUUAACUUGAGCGUCCCUUUCACCCCCAGGAACCCUAAAAGAAAGCCGCUUGACACCUUAAGAGCUGUGUAUGGCACUGAUUACUAUAUUUGCAGAUUUCAGGAGCCUGGAGACAUUGAGUCUGAGUUUGGUCAAAUUGGCACCGAGAGAGUUGUGAAGGAAUUCCUGACAUACCGCAACCCUGGCCCACUUUAUCUGCCAAAGGGUAAAGGGUUUGGACAUCCACGCGAUGCUCCCAUUGUGCUGCCCCCAUGGCUAUCCGAGGAAGAAUGCAACUACUAUGCCACCAAAUAUGACAAAACCGGCUUCACCGGGGGAUUGAACUACUAUAGAAAUUUGGAUCUGAAUUGGGAACUGACGGCCCCGUGGACAGGUGCUCAAAUAAAGGUGCCGGUGAAGUUUAUAGUGGGUGAUGUGGACUUGACCUAUAAUGCGCCGGGAAUGAAAGAUUACAUUCACAAGGGAGGGAUGAAGAGAGAUGUGCCGCUUCUGGAGGAUGUAGUUGUGAUGCAAGGGGUGGCUCACUUUCUCCAUCAAGAAAGGCCCCUUGAUAUCAACAAGCACAUCUAUGAUUUCUUUCACAAGUUUUAAUGUUAUUUCUGUUUGCAUCUUCGUCCUUCACUUCUGCUUGUGUUUUCAUCCUUGUCCUUCAGUUUCUUGUUGAGUGUGGGUGGUUUAUGCUGAUCAUUUGUGAACAACUCUUGUGCUUGCUGAUUGUUACAACUAAAUCAUCCUAAGUGACUAAUCUAUUAUUAACGAACCUUAUAGUAUUUAAAUGCAGUGCGUGGGAUCUCAAAUUAA